GAGUGGUGGUCCGGUCCGUGGUACUAAUAGCACACGAACGAGGCGCUCGGCACAACAUGGAACCACUGCGGAAGUUGACGGCAGAGGACAUGAUGUCGCUGCGGGAGCUUUAUCGUCGCGGUCUCCCGGCGACAGUGGCACCGUACUCGUUCAUCGACAAUCACUUAAGGUGGUGUGAUAAGCUACGACACCAAGCCGACCAGUGGACCGUAUCGGAGGUGGUUUGUAGAGACUUCUACACAACGCGAGGCGAGCACGAUCUGUCGCUCUGGGGCACGUUCGUUUCAAUCAGCCACGACAAGAAGUCUCCUGCGGUCAUUUUGUGGACCCUUCAGAAGGAUCUGUCAACGCUGCGGGAAGCUCUGCUAAGGACGAACCUUCUCGACUUCCGAUCGUCUACGCCGGGGUUCCAGUGCGUUGCAAUCGAGCACUACCCGAUGGUGCAGAGUGUCGUGCAGGAGCGUGUGGCACCUCACUAUCAACUCACAUUCCGCAACUCGACGUACUUCCGGCUACCGAGAGCAGUGGUCGAGAAGCUGGAGCACAGGACGAGUCCGGAGGGUUACGAGUUCCGGCCACUGGACGUAUCGUAUGCCCGUGAGGUGAACGACACUUGGCCCCAUCGCUACCCGGGGUCGGAGGUGUACUACGAAUCACUGCUCCGCCUGAACGGAGGACUGGCCGUAGUCUGGCGGCAAACGCCCGACCACGACGAGCUGGCCGGAUGGAUCUUAACCAACGAGUACGGUGCACUGGCCCACCUCUACAUCAAACCAGCCCACCGGCAGCGGCGUUUGGCGUGCGAAUUGGUCUGGCGUUGGGUGCUGGCUCAAGGGACACGCAAUUCCGACCCGAUAGCGUACAUUCUGGACACCAAUCAAGCUUCACGGACGCUGUUCAAGAAGCUCGGUUUCAUCGAAAUGUCGCCAACGCGAUGGUCCGAACCGGUUGACGAUCAUCAUCAGCCAUCGUAGUAGACACGUUGGUGAACAAAACACGCCCACGAACAGAGGAACAGAGGGCU